AUGCGCGUCACCAGCAGCAUUGCUGUCGCCCUCAACCUUGCAGGUGCAGCUUAUGCUGGUCUACACCCUCGCUCACAGGAAUCUCGCGAUUUCUUCGCCGUUCACCUCGAUCCGUCCACUCCCCCGUCUCAGGUUGCAAACAUCCUAGGUGCCCGACACGAAGGCCAGAUUGGAGAGCUCGCAGAUCACCAUACCUUCUCAUUACCGCGAGAGCAAAGUUCGGACGUCAAUGCCUUGUUGGCAGAUAUACGGUCCAAGCGCAAGCUUCGACGGCACUCGGGUGAUAAUACAGUAGCUCCAAGUGCGGAUCCAUUGGAUGGAGUAUUGUGGUCGCAGAAAGUGGAAGCACCCAGGCAACGGCUCGAGAAGCGCAUGCCACCUCGGGUAGAAGGCAUGGCCCCUCGAAUUGCCCAGCUUCCGGAUAAGAGUGCCACAGAACAACAUAAUCACCUUAUCUCGACACUAGGCAUCACAGACCCGAUAUUCAAAGACCAGUGGCAUCUGUACAAUCCAUUGCAAUUUGGUCAUGAUCUGAACGUCUCUGGUGUCUGGUUGCAGGGUAUAACCGGCAAGGGCGUUGUGACGGCAGUGGUUGAUGAUGGGCUAGACAUGGACAGCAAUGAUUUGAAGCCCAACUAUUUCGCCGAGGGCUCUUGGGAUUUCAAUGAAGGAACUCCCACCCCUCGUCCUCUUCUAUAUGACGAUAAACACGGCACCCGCUGCUGUGGUGAAAUUGCGGCGGCGAAGAAUGAUGUUUGUGGAGUGGGAGUUGCAUACGAUAGCAAAAUAGCCGGCAUUCGGAUUCUGUCAAAACCUAUUGAUGAUAUCGAUGAAGCCGCAGCUAUCAAUUACGCUUUCCAGAAGAACGAUAUCUAUUCCUGCUCGUGGGGCCCCCCGGACGACGGUGCCACAAUGGAUGCGCCUGGAAUUUUGAUCAAGCGUGCCAUGGUCAAUGGUGUGCAGAAUGGACGUGAUGGAAAGGGUUCGAUUUUCGUCUUUGCGGCUGGCAACGGAGCUCUUUACGGCGAUAAUUGCAAUUUCGAUGGCUAUACUAAUAGUAUCUACAGCAUCACAGUUGGUGCCAUUGAUCGACAGGGAAAGCACCCGAGCUACUCGGAGUCAUGCUCGGCCCAAUUGGUGGUCGCGUAUAGUAGUGGAUCCGGCGAUGCCAUUCAUACCACCGACGUGGGUGCGGACAAGUGCUACUCUUCGCACGGCGGUACCUCUGCGGCUGGUCCGCUUGCUGCUGGCACCGUGGCCCUUGCGCUGAGCGCGCGGCCCGAUCUAACAUGGCGCGAUGUUCAGUAUUUGAUGGUGGAAACUGCCGUCACCGUUGAUGAGAAUGAUGGAAGCUGGCAGACUCUGCCCUCAGGCCGCAAGUUUAGCCACGACUGGGGCUUUGGAAAGGUUGAUACAUAUACACUGGUUGAAAAGGCUCGCGACUGGAAGCUGGUUAAGCCCCAGGCAUGGUUCAACUCACCCUGGUUGCGUGUGCAUGCCAGCAUCCCUCAGGGUAACCAGGGUCUGCUCAGUAAGUAUAUGGCAACAGAAGAACAAGUGAAAGACGCGAAUAUCGCUCAUCUUGAGCAUGUGACUGUCACCAUGAAUGUCAACCACACUCGUCGAGGUGAUCUUAGCGUGGAACUCCGUAGUCCAACCGGAAUCGUCAGCCACCUCAGUGUUAUUCGCAAGAGCGAUGAUGAACCAGCUGGAUAUGAAGACUGGACUUUCAUGUCGGUCGCCCACUGGGGCGAGUCUGCUGUAGGUGAAUGGACUGUCAUUGUGAAGGAUACCGAGGUCAAUGAAUUCUCCGGUGAUUUUAUUGAUUGGAGACUCAACCUCUGGGGCGAAGCCAUCGAUGGAUCUAAACAACAGCUCCAUCCGAUGCCUGACACACAUGAAGACGAUCACCCUUACGAGGAUGCCCAUGCUGCUACGACCACCGUGGAGCCUGUGCCAGUCAAGACCGAGGCUCCUGCCAACCCGGAUGAUCACCAUGACCGUCCUGUGAAUGAAAAGCCUUCAGAGGUUGCUGCGGAACCGACUCCAAUUGCUUCCGCGCCAGAGGAACUGAAACCAACAGCUGUACCAACAGCGGAGCCGACUUCAACCAUUCCCGCAGCAGAGGAACUGGAAGAAGUAAAAGAGCCAGCUACUUCCACGAGCACUGCUUCUCCCACCUCCACUGCUGUAAAUGACUACCUAUCCUCCUACCUCCCUACCUUCGGCGCUUCUAAACAGAGUCAAAUCUGGAUAUACUCGACCAUGGUCAUGAUUCUUCUCUUCUUCAUUGGACUGGGAGUCUACUUCCAGCUCCAGCGACGGAAGCGUCGACGUACAAACCCUCAAGAUGACUAUGAGUUUGAAAUGAUUGAUGAUGAAGACGAAACACACCCCAUGACCAGCGGUCCCGGUCGCACGCAGCGAGGAGGAGAGUUAUAUAACGCAUUUGCCGGAGAAAGUGACGAGGAAGUUUUCAGUGAUGAUGAUGAGCCAUACCGAGACCGGCUAGCCAACAUCCCGGAAAAAGAUGACGAGGAGUCAUCACCGGGCAGCCAUCUGCUUGCUCAAAAGUAG